ACAGCCAAUCCAGCUUAUCGUUAUUCUCAACCAUCACUUUCAUCAUUAAACAAAAGUUUCUCAGAAAGUCGUAAUUGUAGUAACAGUAGCACGUCUUCUAGUGCAAGAUUAAAGAAACGGUCUUCCUGGGCAUGGACGUUGUUGUUUGGAGAGCCAGAAAACAUCUCUUCCCGACAAAAACGCUGUGUCACUCUGUUUGUCUUGGUACUGUUAAUUGGAGUGGGACUUACAGCAGGCGUUUAUUUCGUUGUCAAUCAUGUCAAAUCACUUCAGAAGAAACCUAACUGUGAACUCUUGGGACAAGGAUAUAUUAGAACAGUAGAUGGAGAAUUCAAGGUGGUCAAUAGAGAAUUCACAUCUGAACUAGAAAGUGUUUCCAGUCAACCAUACUUAAUGAUGGAGAGGGAAGUUUUGUACUAUGUUGAUAGACUUUUUGAAGUAAGUUCUCUGGCAAGCAGGUAUAACAAAACUUUGAUUAUGAAAUUCAGACCAGGAAGUGUCAUUGUAAAUUGUCGAGUUUUCUUUAAUGUUGCUCUCGAUAAUGAUGCUGAUGAAGUAGGCCAGGUUUUCACAAAAGUACUUGAGCAGACCAAUGGUUCCUUAGCAGGUGGAUCACUCAAAAUAGAUAUUGGAUCUGUGACAUUUAGACUUAGUGCUUCUUGGUCAUCGUGGAGUCAAUGGUCAUCCUGUUUCCAUAGUAACAAAUGUGACCCAUCUCUUGUUCGUAAAAGGUCACGCAAUUGCCAAAGUGCUAAUGAAGUAGAGAAGGCACUUAAUCAAAGUGUUUGCCAAUGGCAAGGAGGAGUUUCAGUUGAAGAAAAAAAUUGUGUUUGUUCUUUCUCCAAUUUCUCAACUGUGAGAUUGCCAAAAAUGAUCAACACUACCACAUUACAUGUUACAAGCAGUCCAACACCUGUAACACUGGUAAAUGUUACCAGUGGAGCUACCACAACUACUCAAACUUUCAUAACUAGUGAGACCCCCAUGACUGUACAGAUUUCUACAACUACUGAAGCUACCACAUAUAUUACUAAAACUAAAGGAUCUACUGUUCUCAAUCCUGUAUUUUCACUGUUGAACAAAUCUAGUGAGAAUUCUGCUGGUGAUAGUCAAUGCUUGUUGACUGAAUGGAAAUGUGGCAAUGGUUUGUGUAUUCCCAAGGAAAGAAGAUGUGAUGGCCACUUUAAUUGUUUUGACAACACAGAUGAGCUUAACUGUGUAUGUUCCAAACAAGAGUUCCACUGUGGAAACUGGACCUCUUGCAUAGCACGUUCACGAAGAUGUGAUGGUUACAUUGACUGCUGGGAUGGAAAUGAUGAAAAUAACUGCUCCUCAGCUUGUUCCAGCAGUGAUUUCACCUGUAUGAAUGGCAACUGCAUCCCAGUUAGUCAAUUUUGUGAUAGAUACGUUGACUGUGCCGACCAGAGUGAUGAACCAAAUGGGUGUGAUUUGCCAUGCACACAGGAUGAACAUCAGUGCGAAAAUGGACGAUGCAUAUUAUCACUUAAUGUGUGUGAUGGAGUUGAUAACUGUGGAGACAACAGUGAUGAAUUAAACUGUGAUACAAAAUAUAAAUCUUAGCUUUAAGAAAUACCAAUGUAUAAAAACUUGCAUAAGUAUCUGUGACCAAUACUAACUAGGAUGUGAACCUGUACAUAAAGUAACUUAUUGUGAGAUAUUUUUACUAUGGUAAAUAGACAACACAGAUGUGUUUUCCAAGAACUUUUUAAUGAAUUAUAUGCAAGAAAAGCUAGUAUUUUUACACAUAUAGUGCCCAAAACUGUUGUUGUGAAAAACAAAUGAUAGCAUGCACAAAGAAAAGUGUAAAAGAUGCUGUUGCAUGUUUCAAAAAUAUCUUGUGUCACAUAUUAAAAAGUAC